AUGAAUAAUAUAGAAUAUACAAUUCAGUCAACCCAGAGUACUGAUGAGCUGUCUAUUCCAGGUUUCAGUAACCAAACAAAGUCCAUCCUGAAGAUUUCACUUGUUCUGCUCUUUUAUAUUGUAACCAACUAUAUAAAUGGAAAGCUCAUUGCUGUUUUUUUUAAACACCAUAUAUUCCAUAGGAACCCUCGUUACAUUUUGUUUAUGCACAUUGUGUUGAAUGAUGUGAUGGAAAUUAGUAUUGCAAUCUUCAUGCAUAUUUGGGCUGAGAUUGUCUAUAUCAUGCCUGUGUCACUCUGCUACUUUUUAAUGGCGAUUGCUGUUACCACAACUUACAACACUCCCCUGAAUCUGGCCCUUAUGGCUGUUGAGCGUUAUAUUGCAAUCUGCAAACCACUGCAUCACCCAAAUAUCUGCACUUUCCGAAGAACGUACAUCAUUCUGAAUAUAAUAUGGCUGAUCAGUUUUCUUUCUCCGGCAUCUGACCUUAUAAUUAUCUUAAAUGCAGAGCCAAUGAGCUUCUUCAGCACCAAAAUCAUAUGUUAUAGUGAAAGUUUUGUUCGGACUUAUUUUCUGUCUGUUAAAAGGAGCUGUAUGAGCCUUACAUAUUUUGCAGUUGCUUGGCUUACAAUGGCUUACACAUACAUUCAUAUUGUCAUUGCAGCACGAUCAGUCAGUCACUGA